AUGGGUUUGUCUUGGUAUUGUGUUCAUACCAUUAUAUUGAAUGAUUCCGCUCAGUUGCUUUCUGUCCAUAUAAUUAAUUUGAUUGCAAGUUGGGCCAGUUUAAUGGCUUUGUAUGAAAUAGCGAUUUUUUAUCCUUCUGACAUUGUUCUUGAUCCAAUGUGGUGAUAGGCAAGUAUGUUCAUUAUACAUUUCCUGAAACGUUUAGGAAUAACCAAUUCAUAGGAUGGUGAGUAGCACAGGGGGAUUUUCACGAAUCUUGAAAUUUGGAGUUAUAAAGGAAUGGCCGGGGCACAUAUUGUCUUCUCUAGCUUGUGCUUCUUGGCAGCUAGCUGGCAUUGAGUGUAUCAAGAUCUAUAAAUAUUUUGUGAUGAACAUACAGGAAAACCUUCUUUGGAUUUGCCCAAGUUAUUUGGAAUUCAUUUAUUUCUCUCAAGGGUGGCUUGCUUUGAUUUUGGGGCAUUUCAUGUAACAGGCUUACAUGGUCUUGGAAUAUGGACGUCCGAUAAACUUUAA